AUGGGAUCUGAGGUCCCGAAAACCACCAACGAGAUGGAGAAGCUUCCUCACGAGUUGUCGCGCAAGCCGGACGUGUUGGGAGUUGCUGGAGCCGCUUUUUACCGCCUACAUGCCUUACGCGGAAAUCGGUGGACGGGGUCUGCUAUCGUUAAAGCCGUGGAAUCUGCCGAUCAAAACAAGCCAGGGACUCAGGCGACUUCUCUCACCAUUCUAGAUAAGGUGUCACGAUUUUGUCACCUAGAUCCUGUUGCCCUCAACUAA